AUGCCUGCAGAGAGUUGCGGAUUGCCGCAGAAGUUAAAGCUGUAUUGUCCGUUUCGACAGGAUGGAGAACGUGUUGAUCCUGGUAGACGGUUGCAGUCGACACUGAAACUGUACAAGCCAUACCGCUUUGAGCUAACUUAUGUUCGGCGAGAUGAUGGCAACCUGCUGAGUGCUUCAGCUCUUGCAUACAUGAGGAGUAUCGAGACAGAGAUCAGGUCCAUGGAGCCCUUUCGCCAGCUCUGCAACACGGCCGAGCCGCGCUUCAAGCACCACUGCGAACCCGGCAUCUCCAUGGUCAACGUGAUGUACCCCUUCCCUGUGUCGGAUGGGGUCGGAGGCGAUGCCCGCCUCUACUUCAACGGCAGUGGCACGGCUUCACUGCUUCCCGUGGCAGUGUCUUUGGCCCAACAGGAGAAGUUCACCGAAGCCGUGUGGCCUGAAGGUUUGGCAAAUGCAGAGGUCAAGCUGGUCGGUUCAGCAACCUGCGGCGAUCGUGUGGCCGAUUGCGCCAAGUGGAAGGAUCAGGGGCAUUGUCUUCCAGGCGCUGCCCACGAAGCCUUUAUGCAGGAUUUCUGCAAAGCGACCUGCGGAAUUUGUGACACGGUGCCAGGCGAGCAGGAUGCCACAGACACAGACACCGAAGGUCCCACGGAAAUAACUGCCCUUCGCUCCUAUUUCGCUCUUCAAGCAUACUGUUGCACAGCGAGCCACUUUGACUUGUAUCCGCGGGGCAUUGUCGCCGGCAUGGAUGCCAUCUGGAACACCUUUGUUGGACAGCUGGUUGACUUUCUGACAGAGAAGAACGCAAAGGGCGGUUCGAUCCGAGUGUUCUUCCAGGGAGACGGCGUGUCUUCCUAUGAGACCUUUGCCGCUGUGGGUGGUGAUGCCAUGUUUGCCAUCAUGUCCUACUGCUUCGUGCUGCUGUACGCAACGCUCCACACGCGAAGCCCUUUCCUUGCUCUGGUGGGUCUCUUCUUGGUGAUGCUCUCCAUUCCCGCCACCUUGGCCGUGUUUAUCCUGGCAAGUGGGAGUGGGGAGUUCAGCCUCAUGAUGUGCCUCUCCGUAUUCAUCGUCAUCGGUGUGGGCUCGGACAUGCUCUUCGUGUACACCGACUUCUACAAGCAGUCCUUGCUCUUCACCCGGGACCCGGCCGAACGGCUGAAGUUCACCUACCUCCAGGCGGCAUCCUCCACCGCCGCAACGACCUUCACCACGGCCAUGUCUUUCUUCGCAAAUUUGGCCUCCGUGCUUCGGCCGUUGAGGGAGUUUGGCUUCUUCAUGGGUGUUUGCGUGACACUGGCAUGGCUGAUUGUGCUGUUGGCAUACCCGGCUGUAUUGAUCAUGGGUGAGCGCAUUCAGAACUGCUGCAGGCGCUGUAUUCUGCAGCAGCCCCAGGCCCCGAGCAGGCGAUCCAUGGCCAACGCGGCCAAGAGGAAGAGCCUGGUGAUGCUGGCGGACGCCUUGGACCCGGAGAAGAAGGGCGUCGGCGCGGCGCACAGCUCCUGCCUCGGGGACUACCUGGCCGUCGGCCUCGGGAAGUUCAAAUAUCCCGUGGUCCUUCUUUUCGUGGGCAUCACGGCGGUGCAAGCGUAUUUGUCCAUAACCACGAUGGAGCAAGCCAGCGGUGCUCCGCAAACCUUCCCAGACGAUCACAACCAGGACCGAAAUGGCUCGAAGAUCUUUGAAGCCCACGUGUGGUCCAACCUGCAUGAAGCGCAGGAGAAGUACAACGGGCUCUUCGCCCAAUAUGACUUCACAGACUACCCGAAGGGUGCUUAUGCAGACUCCACGUUGAAAUGCUCGAGCCUGGGGUGGCAGACAGGAGUCUCUUCCGCGCUUGCAGCCUACACCACUGCAACACACAUGGCCGCCGCCUGGGCAGCCUCGCCAGCUGAGCGGCUGAUGAGCGAGAUCAUCCCAAAUGCGAGCUCCAUCAAUCUCGCAGCAGCAGGCACGACGUCCUCUCUGCUAGAGACGCUACAUUGGGACACUGGUGAUAUCGACCUGCGUGUCAUGCUCCAGGCGCCAUCCGCCACGGUGGUGAAGGGCACCGGCCGAACCUGCCUCUCCCAACUGCUCUGCUACUGCGGCGUGCAGCCCUGCGAUGGCCCGCCCUCAGGAUCCCCAAGUGCUGUGGGAGCACUGCAAUUGGAUGGCGUCGCAGAGGUGCCGCCGGGGGCGUUUGGCUUCACACGGGCCCUGGCCUCCCGCCGCUUGCAAGUCACGACGACCCCCGAGCCAGUCUUGCCCGCCGAGCUGCAGACAGUGGACGUGCUGGUUGUUUUCGGCCUCGCCGUCACGGGAACCAACCCGUUGCUGGGUGUCUCCAAGGAGCAGCCUUACGGCUUCUCCAGCGACUUCCGCUUGGAAGACCCUUGGGCGCAGCGGAGGAGCCUGGACCUUUGCACCGACCCUCCCGAGGAGCUGAAGGUGGUCUCGAUGCAGUGUUGGCUACAGGGCUUCAAGGAGUGGUGGGUGGCCGGUGGCGAGGAGUGGCCUGUUCGGCCCAACAAGGACUUCCACGCGCAAGCCUGGUGGUAUGCCAACAACAAAAAGACCGGCCCCUACGAGACCACCCGCUACGUUUGGUUCUCGGAGGACCAGCGCCUCAUCGCCAUGUACUUUCAGUUCUACGUCAACGUGAACCGCCUGGGGGGUUCAUCCAUCGGCCUGGAUGCCAUGCUGACCUGGGACCGCCACCUGGCCGCCUUCAACAGCCAAGCAGAGGCAUCUAUCAAAGGUGCGUGGCAUGCAUCUCGGGUCUGGACCAUCACCGAGGCUGAGAAGGUCAUCCUGGACAGCACCCUGGUGACACUUUGCAUCUCCUUGGGGUGCGUCUUCUUGGGAGUCCUCGUCUUCACUCGGAGCACGCAUCUGUCGCUGAUAGUCAUGCUGGUCGUGAUGAUGAUUGUGCUGGGCUUGCUUUUCUUCAUGGUCAUCAUCAUGUCUUGGAAGAUCGGAGCUAUCGAAGUAUUGUCCCUCAUUGUCUUCGUGGGUUUUGCAGUGGACUACUGCCUACAUCUGUCGCACAAGUACCACUCCUGUCACAUCACCGACGUGGAGGAGCAGGAAGAGGAGGACGAGGACGAGGAGGAGGAGCAGCAGCCGCAGACGGUUGCCACACGACUGGGCAACAUCGGCAGGCGAGACGCUUGA